AUGGAACCGAUUUGGCAGAACAUAACCACCGCACUGGAAAUCCCACCGGAAGUGGCGGACAAGUGGCUGGCCAAGCUGAAACAGCAAUACACUCAACCCAACAGGCACUAUCACAAUGAGAAGCAAAUGCUCCGCCGGAAGGUUGAGCAUCUUUCCGGCGCCAGUGUGUGUCUUCAGCUGGCGGUGCUCUUUCAGUACUACGACUUCGACGCGGGGAAAGAUUGUGUCAAGGAGAACUGUGCCGCUUUGAAGGAGUUUUUGGUGGAGGCCGGAAUUGAAAAUAAAGCUUUGGAGAACAACGUCCUGCGACUGCUGGGCGACGUUUCGGUGGAAAGUUCCGACCUGCCGGAUGAUGAUGUUUCCUACUUUCAGGAUUUGGAUCUGCUGAUAUUAGG